UGAUGUGGGCUUGUCACGAGUGUGGCACCGCUCAGUUGUGUGUGGAGAGCUGGACGCGCGGCUGAGGACUCAUCAUGUCACCACUUGGACUAAAAGCCAUUGCUGGAGAAAAGAUAAUGAACAAUGUCAUCAAGAAGGCAAGAGAAAAAGGGAAGUGGAAGGUGCUGGUGGUGGACAAGCUGAGUAUGAGGAUGAUUUCCUCCUGCUGUAAAAUGACAGACAUCAUGUCAGAGGGAAUCACCAUUGUAGAAGACAUAACGAAGCGGCGUGAGCCUCUACCCAGCAUGGAGGCCAUCUACCUGAUCACACCUUCGGAUGAGUCUGUUGAGAGUCUGAUCGAUGACUUCAGAGACCCACAGACUCCAAGGUACCGGGCAGCUCACGUCUUCUUCACCGACACGAUCCCAGACACCUUGUUUGGACUGUUGACCAAAUCCCGCGCCUCCAAAGCCAUGAAGGCCUUGACUGAGAUCCAUAUCGCCUUUCUGACCUAUGAAUCACAGGUCUUCUCCCUGGACAAAUUGGAUGCCUUUCAGGACUUCUACAGCCCCUUUAAGGCUGAUGUGAAGAAUAACAUGCUGGAGCGUUGUGCUGAGCAGAUCGCUACCUUCUGUGCCACACUCAAAGAGUAUCCUGGAGUCCGAUACAGAGUGGAGUACAAAGACUGUGCAGUUCUGGCCCAGAUGCUUCAGGAGAAGCUGGAUGGCUACAAGGCGGAUGACCCCACCAUGGGAGAGGGUCCAGACAAGUCUCGUACUCAGCUCCUCAUUCUGGAUCGUGGCUUCGACCCCGUGACACCUGUCCUGCAUGAGCUCACGCUGCAGGCCAUGGCCUACGACCUGCUGGGAGUCGAGAACGAUGUCUACAGUUUUGAGACCAGUGGGAUGGGAGAGACGAGAAUGAAGGAGGUGCUGCUGGAUGAGGACGAUGACCUGUGGCUGACUCUGAGACACAAACACAUUGCAGAGGUGUCAACGGCUGUGACCCGUUCUCUGAAAGAAUUCUCUGCCGACAAAAAAGUGAACACUGGAGAAAAGACCACCAUGAAGGAACUGGCUCAGAUGCUGAAGAAGAUGCCCCAGUAUCAGAAGGAGCUUAGUAAGUAUUCAACUCAUCUCCACCUGGCUGAGGACUGUAUGAACCGCUACCAGGGUACUGUGGACAAACUCUGUCGUGUAGAACAGGAUCUGGCAAUGGGCACAGAUGCAGAGGGAGAGAAGAUCAAGGAUCCCAUGAGGCUCAUUGUUCCCGUUCUACUAGACCCCAAUGUCAGUGUCACUGACAAGAUCCGCAUCAUCCUGCUCUACAUCUUCCUCAAGAACGGGGUGACUGAGGAGAACCUGUGUAAGCUCCUUCAGCAUGCCAGCAUCCCACCAGAGGACAGUGACAUCAUUUCCAACAUGGCCCACAUGGGUGUUCCUAUUAUCACUGAGGGCAUCGCAAAGAAAACCAAGAAGCCGGAUCGUAAAGAGCGAAUCAGUGAGCAGACCUACCAGCUGUCCAGGUGGACUCCUCAUGUCAAGGACCUCAUUGAGGAUGCCAUUGAGGACAAACUUGACCCCAAACUGUACCCGUAUAUUUCCCAGCGACAAGUGUCCUCCAAAGCCAGUGCUCCAUCCAGUGCUCGCUAUGGUAACUGGCACAAGAACAGAGGCCCCACAGAGAUUAAGACGGGGCCGAGGAUCAUCAUCUUCAUUAUCGGAGGGAUGACGUACAGCGAGAUGCGUUGCGUGUAUGAGGUCACCCAGGCCAAUGGCAAGUGGGAGGCCCUGAUCGGUUCCACCCACAUUCUCACCCCACCUAAGUACUUAAAGGAACUACAGCACCCAGACUUCUUGGACCCCAAUGCCGAACCAGAGGCCACAGAGGAGACGCCUGCAGAAUGAAAAGACCUUUGGAAGAUCAACUGAACUCCUCACCCCUGCUCGCCUUCUGAAAACCCUCAAAGACCUAGAGAAAGAAACACAGACCAGUUAAGAAGUUCCUGUAGUUCGCCCUCCUCAGCCUGAUUCAUAAAUAACAGCCCCCACCCCCAGCAUGACACAUCAAACAUACACUCGAUGCUGUGCAGGAUUCAAUGGCUGCUGACCCACAAACCAAACUGUGUUUUAAAUUGAGCGUGUUGAUGUUGAUCAAAAUGUAUUGGGAGAGACUGAAUUUAUGUUCUGUGUGGUCCAUUGUGCUCUGUGUGAUGAUCAUUUGGGAAAAUGAUGUUGAGAUGACUGGAUGAGAUCUGGAGAUAAUGGGAUAUAAAUGAAAACUGUAGAAUCAAGAGUGUUGAGUAUAUGCUCCAACAAUGGUCCACUGCUUCUCAGUUAUGAUGGAACAUUAUUAAUAACCCAUCCCCCACCAGUACACAGCUUCCUUCUUUUAUUUUGUUGGAGCAUGCCAGUUUUAAUGUAGUGCUUUCCAUACAGCCACACAAUACUGUAUAAAUAGACAGAUUUACUGUGAUGUGUCUGACCUUGGAAAUGCCAAUGUACUCUGAAGUUAUAUCUAACUGUAGAUUAGGCAUCUCAAAGAUAAAUAUACAGUUUAGUUGUUUUGUGCAUUGUCUCAAGACUCAGCAGUGUUUCUGACUUUGUAUUUUUUCCUGUAGAGAUUGAGCUACAUUUUGAUCCCCCAUGUUUGACCACAGUGUUGUCACUGUUUUUUUUUGUUGUAGUGAUUUUCUGUAACUGUGUAUGAGGAGAGAGGUCAGUAUUAAGUCUGUGUUUUUAUGUCCACAUGCAUGAGCAAUGCUUGCUGCAGGAUAUGUGUUGAGCUAAUAAAGCGGCUUCUAUUAAA